AUGGCCACCGAAUCAUUAGAGAGAAACAUCGUAAUCGUAGGAGGAGGCAUAAUCGGCUGCACAACCGCCUACUUUCUCACGCGCCACCCCUCCUUCAACCCCACCAAAUACACCAUCACCAUUCUCGAAGCCCAAUCCAUCGCCUCUGGCGCCUCAGGACAAGCAGGCGGUCUGCUAGCACUCUGGGCAUACCCCUCCAGCAUCGUCCCUCUAUCCUACAAACUCCAUGCCGAACUGGCAAAGGAACACGACGGCGCGAAGAGAUGGGGAUAUAGGACUCUACACUGCGGGUCGUUGAGUGCGAAGGGAAAGGAUUACAGUGGCGAGACCAACAGCAACACAAACACAAACACAGCUGGAAACAAAGAUGGACCAGGAGCUGCAGAAGAAUGGCAAAAACUCCCCAAAACAAACAACAAGGGGGUUUCCAAGAACGGCGUCCCCUCCUCCCUCGACUGGUUCGACCCAGACUGUAUAAAAGCCUACUCCGAGAUGGGCACCCCCUCCACAACAGCCCAAGUCCACCCCUACCAAUUCACCACCUCCAUGGCCUCCCUCGCCGUCUCCUCCGGCGCGAAAAUAAUCCUCGGUUCGGCAACCUCAAUCGACUACGCUGGUCCUUCAGGCGUGAAAUCCGUAACGUAUGAAGACAAAGAGACGAAGGAUAUACACACGUUACCUGCUACGGAUGUUGUAUUGGCGGCGGGACCGUGGACGAGUCAGGUUUUUCCUGAGGCGCCGAUUGAGGCUGUGAGGGCGCAUAGUGUGGUUGUGGAGGCGGAUGUGAGUCCCUAUGCGGUGUUUAGUGAGAUUAGUUUGCCGAAGACAUUUGGAGGUGAUGCGGAUGCGGAAGGGAAGAAGAGACAUGGGAGUGUGGUGUCGCCAGAGAUGUAUGCUAGACCUGAUGGCACGGUUUAUGCUUGUGGCGAAGCCGACACACUCGCACCCCUCCCCCCCUCCACCGCCCUCGUGCAGUGCUCCCCCUCCCACAUAACCUCCCUCAUCUCCUACAUAUCAUCCAUCUCCCCCGCUCUCCGCCACGGCAAGAUCCUCGCCGAGCAAGCAUGCUACCUCCCGUCUGUAACCGGCCCAGGAACCAGCGGUCCACUGAUAGGCGAGACGGGGAUUAGGGGGUUGUAUAUGGCGACGGGGCAUACGUGUUGGGGCAUACAGAAUAGUUGUGCGACGGGGAAGUUGAUGAGUGAGUUUUUGUUCGAGGGCGGGGCGAAGAGUGCGAGGGUAGAGGCGUUGGAUCCGAGGAGGUUUUUGUGA